UUUGACCUUGCACUCCAAUCCCGGCUGGCAGGCAGAGGGACAGAGGGCCGAAUCACCCCAGAAUCAGGAUGUCCCACUAGGGAAUAGGAGUUUGCAUCCCAGUGGCUUCCAGUCUCUCCAGCAGUUUAGCAUCUCUGGCUGGCACAAUGCGCGUCGUGGUCAUUGGAGCUGGGGUCAUUGGGCUGUCCACUGCUCUCUGCAUCCACGAGCACUACCACUCAGUCCUACAGCCCCUGGACAUGAAGAUCUAUGCAGACCGCUUCACUCCGCUCACCACCACUGAUGUAGCUGCUGGCUUCUGUCAGCCCUACCUCUCUGACCCCAGAAAUCCACUGGAGGCGGACUGGAACAAACAGACCUUUGAUUAUCUCUUCAGCCACCUCCAUUCUCCCAAUGCUGAAAAAAUGGGCUUGGCUCUAAUCUCAGGCUACAACCUUUUCCGUGAAGCCUCUCCGGACCCUUUUUGGAAAGACAUAGUUCUGGGAUUUCGGAGCCUGACCCCCAGAGAACUGGACAUGUUCCCUGAUUUUAGCUAUGGCUGGUUCAACACAAGCCUAACUCUGGAGGGAAAGACCUAUCUGCAGUGGCUGACCAAAAGGUUAACUGAGAAGGGAGUAAAAUUCUUCCAGCGGAAGGUGGAGUCUUUUGAGGAGGUGGCAAGAGGAGGUGCGGAUGUGAUUCUUAACUGCACCGGGGUGUGGGCAGGGGCCCUGCAACCAGACCCCCUGCUGCAGCCAGGCCGGGGGCAGAUCAUUAAGGUGGAUGCUCCUUGGAUGAAACACUUCAUUAUUACCCAUGACCCAGAGCAUGGCAUCUACAGGUCCCCAUACAUCAUCCCAGGGACCCAGACAACUACUCUUGGAGGCAUCUUCCAGCUCGGGAAUUGGAGUGAACUAAACAAUAUCCAGGACCACAACACCAUUUGGGAAGGCUGCUGCAGACUGGAACCCAUGUUAAAGGAUGCAAGAAUUGUUAGUGAAUUUACUGGCUUGCGGCCAGUACGUCCCCAGAUUCGGCUGGAAAGAGAACAACUUCGCAUUGGACCUUCAAACACAGAGGUCAUCCAUAACUACGGCCAUGGAGGCUACGGGCUCACCAUCCACUGGGGCUGUGCCCUGGAGGCAGCCAAGCUCUUUGGGAAGAUCCUGGAAGAAAAGAAGUUGUCCAGGGUGCUACCAUCCCACCUCUGAUGACCCCAGUGAACCCCACUGACCACACUCCCCACAUGGACUCCCCACACCCCUUGGCCAACUAAUCAAUGUGCUCCUCUGUGAGCUGCUGCCCACCCCUCACCCCCAACCCUGACUUCUUCUCAGCAUAAGAUGAGAGAAAAUCAAUUCCUGGAGAAGAGCUCAGCCCAACCCGGGACCCUCUCUCUACCCUCUCUGGGUCUGACAUUAUGAAUAACAGCUGGAGGGCUUCCAAGGAUCUUCAGAAGAAAGGACAGCACUGAAAAUCAAAGAGGAUAGCUGUUUGAAGCCACAGAAAAUUGAAGAUAGUUGAGGUGAAGUAACUUGAUUACAAGUCAUACUAACAUAGUAAAGGCUCAGAAAAUUCCUGCAGCAAAGACAAGUAUUUGGCAUGUAAGCACGCACGUACAUACACACUCACACUGGGGCCACAUAGACAGGCUGAUGCACCUAAUGUGUAUGUCUUUAGGAUGUGGGAGGAAACAGGAGUACCCGGAGGCAACCCAUGAGGGCAUGGGGAAAGAUGUGCAAACUUUACCAGAUGGUGGCCAGGGUCAGCAAUCAAUUUUUUUCAUCAAUGUUAGAAUGAAACAACAUUAAAUGAGACAUCAUUUGAGUGUUCACGUAACGCUUCUAUUCCUACCCUGAAGUUGAUCAGAUUUUCAAUGAAUUCUUAGCAGCUUGAUGAAUUUAGAAAAGACUAUUCUUUCCUUGUUAAAUUGUCUUGGCACCUUGGUUGAAAAUCAAUUGACCAUAAACGUAUGGGUUUAUGUUUGGACUCCGUACUAUUGAUCUCUGUUUCUAUCUUUACAGUGGUACUCCAUUGUCUAGAUUACUGUAGCUUUAUAGUAUAUUUUAAAAUUGGAAAGCGUGAGUCUUCUAACUUUGUUCUUCAUUGAGAGUUUUGUGUUUUGGCUGUUCUGGAUCCUUUGCAUUAAUGUAUGAAAUUUGCAAUCGGUUUGACAGCUUCUUCAAAAAAACAAAAAGCCAGCUAAGAUUUUGGUAGAGAUUGUGUUGAAUCUGUAGGUCGAUUUGGUGAGUCUUUAGGAUGGCCCAAACUUAACAAUUUUAAAUCUUCUAGAUCAUGAACGUGGACUGUCUCCCCAUUUAUUUAGAUCUUCAAUUUCUUUCAGCUAUGUUUUGUAGUUUGUAGGUCUUGCAUACUUGAUGCUAUUGUGAGUGGAAUGGUUUUUCUCAUUGAUUUAGAAAAACUUUGUUCUCUGGCAUAGGGAGGGUAGGGGCAUUUGAAGUGGUUCAUCAUCAAAUAUUCUUGAUUAAUUGAGAAUGACUAUAUGUCAUGUACUACAUAUACAGAUAUUCAAAUAUAGACUAAAGUGCCACAAGUGACCAAGUCUGACUCUCCAAACCAUUGAAUCUUUGAGGAGCCAGAAGGUGUUUCAGGGUGCUCUAGAGCUUCUGGGUCGGCAUCCCAGAUUCCAGGUAUAUUUUACACAACAUUCUCUACAUCUGUCUAUCAGCACCCAGAUCACACUAUGGCAAUGAUCUGUUGACAGAUGGUCCCCUGCUACACUGUCAGGGCAUGAAGAUAAGGACCACGUCUUAAGAUUUUUGUAUCUUUAGUGUUAAAUAUUAUAUUACUCCAUGCACAGUGAUUGCAUACCAUGCUGAGAUCCACAAUAGAGAGUUAUGAUUAACAGACUUGAUCAUUUAUGUAUGUGUUGCUGUGGAUUCCAGCAACUCCUCUAUUGAAGGAGAAGCUUCGGCUGCCAUAUUUGUACCCUUUGGCCACCCCUCCUUGACACAACCUGAACCAGAACCAACACUAAACUGGGCUGAUCAGCUGAGUCAGAUACAUUUGCAGAACUGAGUUAUGAGGUCAUGCGGUCACAGCAAGCUGGAACCUUGCACACAGUUAUGCAUAUACAGUAGUCAAGUGGAGAGAGAAGGAGAGAGAAGGAGGCCCAUCUACAGAAGGAUAGAAACAAGGGCUACAGAUUCAGAGCCAGAGCUGCUUGGGUGCUGGGGUUCUGUUGUGUGAGACCAGGCUGCCCUUUAUUUCUUUGAAAGCUCGCUAGCCUUUCAGAGGCUGUCAUCUGGUAGCCCACCAAAACUAAUCUGCAGAUGACUUUCAUUUGGCUUGCACAUCAUUUUAACACUAUCAUUAUUGAGACAGGAUCUCGCUCUGUCGCCUGGGCGAGAGAAUGGCGGCAACUUCAUAGCUCACUGCAACCUCAAAAUCCUGGGCUUAAGCAAUCCCCCUACCUUGGCUUCCUGAGCAGCUGGGUCUACAGGUGUGCACUACCAAACCUGGCUAAUUUUUCUAUUUUUAGUAGAGAUAGGGUCUUGCUCUUGCUCAGGCUGGUCUUGAACUCCUGGCCCCAAGCUGCUCUCCCUCCUUAUCCUCCCACAGUACUAGGAUUACAGGCAUGAGCCACUAUACCCAGCCUCAUUUAAACAUUUUAGAUCCAACAUACUAAAAUUCGGAGAUUUCAUUUAAAAAUC